UUUCCCUUUGCCUCUUUUUACUUACCGGUUCUCCCUCUCUCUCUCUCUCUCUCGCUACUCUCUCCCUUCUCCUAGAGAAAGUUUCCUUCUUCUUUUUUUUCUUUUUAAUUACUCGCUACCUCCUCCAGUGUUCGUUCUUUAGAUAUCUCACAAUCUAUAUUAUAUAAAAAUGGGUGUUCUUGAUCAUGUCUCUGAUAUGUUUGACUGCUCUCAUGGCCACAAGAUUAAAAAGCGCAAACAGCUCCAGACGGUGGAGAUCAAAGUGAAGAUGGACUGCGAAGGUUGCGAGCGCAAAGUGCGGCGCUCGGUGGAAGGCAUGAAGGGUGUCUCCUCUGUGACUUUGGAGCCCAAAUCCCAUAAGGUCACCGUUGUCGGCUACGUCGACCCAAACAAGGUGGUCGCUCGCAUGGCUCACCGCACCGGCAAGAAGGUCGAGCUCUGGCCCUACGUCCCCUACGACGUGGUCGCUCACCCUUACGCUGCCGGCGUCUACGACAAGAAGGCACCUUCCGGUUAUGUCCGCCGAGCUGAUGACCCUGGCGUCUCUCAGCUCGCUCGCGCUAGCUCCACCGAGGUCCGCUACACUACUGCUUUUAGCGACGAGAACCCCGCCGCUUGUGUUGUCAUGUGAUGAUUUUAAUAUAUAUGUUAAUUUUGUUGUACGUACCGCUCGUUUCACUUUCUUAUGGAUUUCAUUAAAACAUUUGUGCUGUCUUGUUUAAUUUGUAUAUUAAUUCUACUAUUUAUAUAUAGCUCGUAAAAUAUGCUUCUUCUU